CUAAUGAAAUAUUAACCGUAAGAGCAAGUGUAGUGUAAAACUCGUAAAGCUCGCAUACAUCCUAUAUAUAAAUCUCUGUUUCACUCUCUUCUCCUUCUACCCCUCUCUCUAUCUAUCUGCUUCACUCCAACCUUUAUACAUACAGGAAACACGAUCGAGCGCUUCUGAAACGGUUGCAGAAUCUGCGAUCCGGUGAGCCAUGAUGAAUUCUAGAAGAGAUACUCGUAACAAUAGAGUUGCUCUUUUUGAUGGUAUUGAGGAGGGUGGCAUCAGAGCAUCAUCUCUCUACUCCUCAGCUUCUUCCCAUGAAAUUGAUGAACAUGAUAAUGAACAAGCAAUGGAUGGAUUGCAAGAUCGAGUUAGUCUGCUGAAAAGAUUGUCAGGUGAUAUAAACGAGGAGGUGGACAAUCAUAACCGCAUGUUGGAUCGUAUGGGCGAUGAUAUGGAUUCUUCAAGGGGAAUCCUCUCAGGAACUAUGGACAAGUUCAAAAUGGUAUUCGAGACAAAAUCCAGCCGAAGAAUGUUCUCGCUUGUAGCAUCCUUUGUUGUGAUUUUUCUUAUCAUAUACUAUUUAACUAGGUAAUUGGUCUUUCAUUGAAUCAGCUUGAUGUUUGAUUUGAAAGGAGGUCACUCGCUCUGUUACUGUAAUUAAUGUCACUACUUGAAAGAUGUUUCGUUAUGUUUGUAUAAAGAUUUUUACUUUUUAGUAUAAUUUUUCAUCCCCUUUAAGCUAUGUAUACUUCCAUACUAUAAUUUGGAGAGCUUUCAUCUGUACUUUGAUUGUGUCAAUACUCAUUUAGUCAAUGAAUGAUAAGAACCCUUGGUGACA